CUGUUGGAAAUCGAUGCCUGAGAGUUCAGAGUGUUGUUGAGAUCACUCAGCAUGAUCGAUUGCCAAUCGAUCGCCCAGUUGCCAGAUUUUGUCUCGAUUCGCGAGUCUGGACUCAUUGCUGUGUAGUGUCAUACGGCUGACUGAGUUUGUGGGGCUUGAGAUGUUGGAGCCGCUAAGAUUGCUUAAGAAUUGGCAGGCUGCUGGUUCAAUGAAGUUGCUGCUGGAUUUAUAUUGUUUAGAGAAUCUGGCUGCUUUAGAUAUCAGUGAACGCAGUGAGUUAACCGUCGUGGUGGGGCUCGAAAACUUGGAGUGGUUGCGAGAGCUGAAGAUGAGUUACUGGCAUUGAGAACUUGGAGGGGUUGGUGAUUGGUUGAAAUCGCCAACAAAAUUGUAUGCAACCUACUCGUUUGUGGAAGGCAAACCUUUGUGUCGUUUGGUUCCUUAGUACACGUGUGUGGACUUUCAUCUAAAAGCUUUAUGCUCGUAGAAUAAUCUACCAAGAAUUCAAGAGUUUCCGAUCGAUUCCUAAAGAGACUGCAUUGGUUCUCCGGAUUACGUUUGGAGAUCGAUUUGGCCGGAAAAGAAUGGAGCACAUCUGGUCUAGUGUACUGGCUGUGUUUGCUGUAUUUCUCCCUGCAGUCGCUGGAGCAGUACUCUUACUUCAGAAGAAGAGCUCCAGAACCUCCACCUCUUCAUCUCCUCCUCCUUCGACGCAGCCUCUUCCAGCUGCAGACUACGAGGUUUUCUUGAGCUUCAGAGGCCCAGAUGUUCGCACAACUUUCACGGAUUUUCUGUAUAGUUACCUGGAUCAUUCGAGCAUUCGAACAUUUAUAGAUGAAGAAGAGCUUCCCAAGGGGGAGGAAAUUAGGGCUUCUCUCGUGAAGGCUAUCCAGGAAUCCAAGAUAUAUAUUCCAAUCCUUUCCAAAGACUAUGCUUCAAGUAAAUGGUGCCUCCAAGAGCUAGCUCUGAUGGUGAAGUGCUGGAAGCAAGGAAAGGGUCACCUCAUCCUCCCCAUUUUCUUUCUGGUGAAUCCUAGAGAGGUGCGGCAUCAAGAAGGUUGUUACAAGAAAGCAUUUCGACGGCACAGUGAGAAAUAUGACGCAGACACCGUGAACGAGUGGAAGGAAGCUAUGGAGGAAGUCGGGAAAAUGAAGGGGUGGCAUGUGAGUGAAGCAGAUAGACAGAGAGCUAUAGUUGCUGAAGUCUUUUCUAUAGUGAGGUCGCAUCUGAUGAAGAAUUACAAGUUAGUGACGGGUCAGCUGGUUGGAAUUGAUCCUCACAUUGAGCAAGUGAAGGGGAUAAUAAACAAAGGAGUGCAAAUUGUUGGCAUUCAAGGUAUGAGCGGUAUUGGUAAGACCAAUAUAGCCAAAACCGUUUACGACAGUGUUAAUGCACAGUUUGAUCAAUGCUGCUUUGUGGAAGACGUGCGAGACAUAUUGUCAAAGAAUGACGGAGUUGUGACUUUGCAAAACAAAAUUCUAUCUGGCAUUCUAAGGGGAGAUGUCGCCGUGAAAGAUGCUAGCCAAGGAAUCCAAAAAUUAAAAGAUGCAGUUCGCUGCUCGAAGAGCAUGCUCUUCGUUCUUGAUAACAUAGAUGAGGGGUUUGUGUUCGUCGACACCUUGGGAGAUUUAACUGAUUUUCACUCAAAAUGUCAAUUUAUUAUUACAGCAGUGGAUGAGAGAGUUUUUAAUUUCUUUCAAAAUUAUGAGUUGUACCAACCAGAGGGAAUGACUGCUGAUAUCGCCCUUAAACUCUUUAGUAGACAUGCCUUUGGGACUGAUUAUCCUCCCCAAGAGUACAUUGAUCUAUCUAGGGACUUUGUAGAAAUUGCAGCAGGUCUUCCAUUGGCUCUCAAGACCACAGGUUCACUACUUUUCCGCAAAGAUAAAAGUUUUUGGAGUGCAAAGUUGAUGCAGUUACAGGACAUACCUCCUACCAAGGUGCAAGAGAGACUGAAGAUAAUCUAUAUGGACUUGACGCCCGAGGAAAAACACAUUUUUCUUGAUAUUGCUUGUUAUUUUAUUGGUGAACCCUAUGAUCGAUUGUCCUGCUUGUGGAGUGACUCCAAUUUACACCCUUUGAUAGUGAUUGAUACUCUUUGUCUCAAGUCACUGAUAAAAAUCAAUGAGAGAAAUGAAUUCUGGAUGCACGAUCAGUAUAAAAUCCUUGGCAGAGCUAUUGUUCGUGAGGAAGACAUUCUAAAUCCUUGGAAGCGCAGCAGGAUGUGGUCCAACAAGGAUGUGGUGGACAUGCUAAGAGAUAAAGAGGGAAAUGAACGGCUGGAAGUUCUUAGAGUUAACAUGAGUGGUGAGGAUUUUGAGCUCACGGAGAAGGAAUUCCAGAAAUUGUCAGGAUUAAGAUAUCUCGAAGUAUGCUUUGGAAAGCUGACUGGAGAUUUCAAGAAGAUUCUUCCGAAUGUACGUUGGCUACAACUUCAGGAAUGUAGUUCAAUUCCUAUCGAUUUCAAUGUGAAGAAAUUGGUGAUCCUUGAUUUGAAGAAUUGCCCUGUGAGGGAUGACUGGAGAAGCUGGAGCGGAAUAAAGAGGCUAUGGCUCUCGUCGCCUAGAGUUUUGAAUCUUUUGGAGCUUAAGCACUUGGAGAUGCUCUGUUUGAAUUGUGAUGGACUUGAGAUUACUGGGGAUAUGUUUAAGCUGUCCAAGUUGAAGCAUUUGUCGUUGACCGAUGUUGGGAAUGGAAAGGGUGCCCUUGUUCGACGACUUGGUAUGAGAACAUUUAUUUCUUCUUCUCCUACCUUCCCAUCAUCUCUGAACACCCUACGGAUUAGUGGGUGUCAGCCUUUGAAGAGACUUCCGAACUUUGCGAAUCUGAGUAAUUUGAUGAUAUUAGAUUUGAGUCAUAUUGGGGUGCAUGAGAUUGCCGGUCUGGGAGAGCUGAGAAUGCUGGAAGAAUUCCGCUUAAAGGAUGCUUCAAAGCUAACUAAUCUCAAUGGUCUUGAACAUCUUGAGCUUUUGGAAGAACUUUGUGUGACUGGUUGUGGUGUACUGAGAAAACUACCCAGCCUGUCAAAUUUGAACAAGUUACGGGUGUUUUAUAUUGUUGAUUGUCCACUCCUCUCUGAAAUCCAAGGACUUGGCGGACUGGGGAAUUUAUCGAGUCUUGGGAUCACUCGAUGCCAUCAGCUUACUGAGUUGAUGGGGCUUAACAAAUUGGAGUCGUUGCAAGAAUUGAAUAUUUAUGAUUGUGCGUCGAUUAAGAAGCUGCCCGAUCUAUCUGUUUUAAAGCAGUUGUCGAAGUUGAAAAUUACGCGAUGCAAUCUGUUGCCAGAAGUUAUUGGGAUUGAGAGAUUGGAGUCUUUAGAUAUCCGAAUGCUUGAUAAAAGGCUAAAGACGUUUAAGGGUAAAAAGAGGUUAAUACCCCGAGCAGCCGCAGGGAUUGAUGGAGAUGCUCCCGGGGGGCGGGGGGAUUCCAGCGAGGGUUUGGAACGAGCGUUGCUCGUGAAAGGUCUGGUUCGUGCUGCCGCGAAGUUUGUCUGUUUCGAUUCUCCUGUUGUUGCCGCUGGCUCCAAUUGUUGGAGCAAGGGAGCGACAGGGUGGCGGAAGAAGAUGGAGCAAUUCAGGCUGAAUCCUAUCGCCUCGUCAUCCCAUUUCCCGGAUCCUCUUCCAGCUGUAGAGUACGAGGUGUUCCUGAGCUUUCGAGGUCCUGAUGUCCGCACGACUUUCGCGGAUUUCCUCUAUAGACUCCUGGAUCGUCCCAAGAUACGAACCUUUCUUGACGAUGAAGAGCUACGUAAGGGGGAGAAGAUUGCCCCUUCUCUCGUCAAGGCAAUUGGGGAAUCCAGAAUAUACAUCCCGAUUCUUUCCCCAGGCUAUGCCUCUAGCAAAUGGUGCCUCCAGGAGCUAGCUCUGAUGGUGGAACGUUACAAGCAAGAUGAAGGUUGUCAAAUCAUACUGCCCAUUUUCUAUUUGAUGGAGCCUAGAGAUGUGCGGCAUUGUCAGGGUUCCUAUGAGGGAGCAUUAGAACAACAUAGAUUGAAAUAUGGUGAAGAAUCCAUUAGGGCCUGGAAGGAUGCUCUCGGAGAGGUUGGGCAAAUGACUGGAUGGCGCGUAACCGAGUCGGAUAGACAGGGAGCAGUGGCAGAAAGUGUUUUCUCUGAGGUGUGGUCACAUAUAAAGGGGAACUACAUGUUAGUGACUAAUGAGUUGAUUGGAAUUGAUUCUCAUGUGAACCAAGUGAUAGAGUUGCUGAAAUCAGAUUUAGACGGCGGCGCUAGUGUCGUCGGCAUUCAUGGUAUGGGCGGUAUCGGUAAGACCACUAUCGCCAAGGCCGUCUAUAAUAAGGUCUUCACACAAUUUGAGCGUCACUGUUUUCUGGAAGAUGUCCGAGAAACACUAUCGUUGAAGAAUGACGGCGUUAUAACUCUGCAGAGUAAGAUUAUUUCUAGCAUUCUAAGGGAUGAUCACAAGGUUAGAAAUGCCAGUGAAGGAAUCCACAUUAUGAAAGAUAGAGUGUGCCCCCACAAGGUUCUCAUUAUUCUCGAUGAUGUGGAUGAUCGGUUUGUGUUUGAGCAAAUCCUUGGUGAAGUAAGAAAAUUUUCUCCUGAAAGUAGGUUUAUCAUCACAACAAGAGAUCAAAGGGUACUAGAGUUGCUUCAAGUAUCUAAGCUCUACGAACCUGGAGGGUUGGGUCAUGACCAUUCCCUUCAACUUCUACGUAGACAUGCGUUUAGAAUGGAUAAUCCUUUUGAAGACAUGGCGACCCUGUGUGAGGAGUUUGUAGAAGUUGCAGCGGGGCUUCCUUUGGCUCUUGAAGUUAUUGGGUCGCUUUUGUUUCGUAGAGAUAGAAAAUUCUGGGAAGCUAAGUUGAUAGAACUAAAGAGAAUACCUCCCACCAAGGUGCAAGAGAGAUUGAAGAUAAGCUAUGAUGAGUUGAGUGGUAGUGAAAAACAAAUUUUUCUCGACAUAGCUUGUGCUUUUAUUGGAGAAAACAAGGAAUUGCCUUUCUUUAUGUGGAGUGAUUGUGAUUUUAAUCCGGAAAGUGGAAUUAAUACACUUAUUUUGAGGUCCUUGAUAAAGGUGGAUGAGGAUAAUAAGUUUUGGAUGCAUGACCAUAUAAGAGACCUUGGGAGAAUGAUUGUUCGUGAAGGAGAUGAUCAACAUCCUUGGAACCGGACAAGAAUUAUGUCGAACGAGGAUGCGGUGGACAUGUUAAUCAAUGGAGAGGGAACUGAGCGGUUGGAAGUUCUUAGAGUGGACAUGUUAGAUCAGAAAUUUGAGCUCACGGAGAAGGAAUUUCAUAAAUUUUCAGGGUUAAGGUAUCUUGAAGUGCGCUAUGGAAAGCUGACUGGAGAUUUCAAGGAGAUUCUUCCGAGUCUACGUUGGCUGCGACUUUUUAAUUGCAGGUCAAUCCCUAUCGAUUUCAAUGUUAAGAAAUUGGUAAUUCUGGACCUGACAGAUUGCCCUGUAAGAGAUGACUGGAGAUGCUGGGAGAGAAUCAAGAUCUUGGUACUAGGGCGGCUUGAGAAUGAAGUACCAGUACUCCCAACUAGUUUAAAGCGUCUAUCCGUCUCAUCGCCUAGGGUUCCCAAUCUCUUGGCGCUCAAGGACUUGGAGGAGCUAUCGUGGAGUUGUGGACUUGAGAUUCCUGGGGAUAUGUCGAAGCUGUCCAAGUUGAAGGAUCUGACGUUGGUGAAGGUUGGCAAUCGGAAGGAUGCCUUUGUUCUUCACAAAGAAUCAGUUGAUCCCGACGACCAGAAUCAUUAUUCUCUUCAGCGCGGUGGGAGAACUCUUAUAUCUUCCUUGCCUGCUCUUCCGGCAUCUCUAAAUACCCUAUCGAUCGAGGGUGAUGCCCCUAGGCCUUUGAUGAGACUGCCGAACCUUGCGAAUCUGAGUAAUUUGAUGAAAUUAACUUUGGGUCUUAUUGGGGUACGUGAGAUCGCCGGUCUCGGAGAGCUGAGGAUGCUGGAAGACUUCAGCUUAUGGAGUGCUUCAAAUCUAAUUAAUCUCGAUGGCCUCGAACAUCUAGAGCUUCUGAAGGAUUUGCGGGUGAGUGAUUGUCGAGUACUGAGUAAACUGCCCAGCUUCUCAAAUAUGAGCUUGUUACGGGAGCUCAAGAUCUUUAAAUGUCCUGUACUGAGAGAACUGCCUAGCUUGUCAAAUUUGACCAAGUUACAGGUGCUCAGGAUCUUUGAUUGUCCACUCCUCUCUGAAAUUCAAGGGCUUGGUGAACUGGCGGAGUUAUCAACUCUACAUAUUCUAAGAUGUGAUCGGUUGAGUGGGGUGGUCGGGCUUGAAAAAUUGAAGUCGUUGCGAGUAUUGGAGAUUCAUGAUUGCCCUUCGAUUGAGAAGCUGCCGGAUCUAUCUGCUUUGGAGCUCUUGAGGAAGUUGGAGAUUACGGGAUGGAGAGAGUUGACUGAGGUGAUGGGGCUUGACAAAUUGAAGUCAUUGCAAGAAUUGGUUAUUUGUGAUUGUCAUUGGAUUGAGAAGCUGCCUGAUCUAUCUGCUUUAAAGCGCUUGUGGAAGUUGGCAAUUAUUGGAUGCAAUCAGUUGACAGAAGUUACGGGGAUUGAGAGAUUGGAGGGGUCAAGAUAUCUAAAGAUUGAUGAAAGGCUGAAGACGCGAAGAUGA